AUGUUUCUCUCAGGUUCCGGCGUCGAAACACACGAUCGCCAUUCCUCCAAUCACUCAUCACCUCGCUCGCUUACCUCUCCUCGAUCCACAGUCUCCAACAACAAUAGCAACACCAACAUUACAACUCCGCAUCCUCCUCCUCUCUCGAACAUUCAACCAAACUCUUGCUCUGACAAACUUUACAAUCAAUAUACCACCAAAUGGAUCAAUCAAGCAGCCUUGAGUGGUAAUGAUAUUCUUGGUUCGAUUCUUGGCGGUGAUUCCGAACGAAUGAUGGAAUUUCGUCAAAACAUUCAACAUUUGACAUUUACAGAAAUUUAUGAAAAAAUUGAACGACAACAUGAAGAACAAAAAGAAUUAUUGAAAUUAUAUUGUCCUCGACUCUAUGAUGAAUUGAAAAUUACCAAUGAAAAAUUAUUUUCAAUUCUCGUUUGGAUUUUCACACAAAUUCCACUCACACAAAAAUAUUCAAAAAGUUUAAAGAAAAAUUUUGAAAAAGUGUUCACAGCGAAAACAUUUGUGUCACUUGUCACUUCACAACUACACAAAAUUUCAUUGCCUUAUUUUCCGAAUAUUAUUGCCACUCCCAAGAGCAAUGCAGACAUUUUAGACAAGUUGAAAAAUUUGUAUCGAAGUAUUAACAAUACUUUUGGUGAAACGAAUGGACUUCGAAUGAAUGGCACCACAACUUCCAUUUUGGCGCCCACGAGUUCUUCUUCUCAAAUCUCUGCCUCUCCUAGACAGCAGCAACAACAACAACUGGAUGAUAGCUUUUCAUUUAAGAAUGAUUGGACCAAAGUUCAAGCUGAAUUAUUAGGUCAAUUCUUUUUGGAAAUUGGUGUGAUUGAGAAUGUCAAACCUGAAAAGAAGAAGAAAUUUACAGAGAGAUCUCAUCGUUACAUGUUUAAUUCAGAAACGAUUGAGUAUUAUGCUGAAUUGUUGUUUGUGAGUGCCAUUACAAGUGUAGAACAGAGACAAGUGUUUGAACAUUGGAAAAUGCCAAAUGUCAAAAAUCCAUUUUCACAAUUUGCACAUGAUUUUUAUUCUCCAUUUUUGAAUGGUAUUUCAAGUGGAUCCAUGCAAUUAUUGACUGCAGGACAACUCAUUCAACAGACUUGUCUUCAAAGUAUCAUUCUUUCACAAGAAAAAGAUUUUGAACUCGUUCAAGCUCAUAUUAAGAAACUUCACGAAUCGGAUUCCAUGGAAUCGACCAAUGAUCAUUCCACCAAUUCCUCUCCACUCCAUCCACACGAACAACAAGAUUCAAUCUCACUCUCAACCAGUAGUGCCUAUGCUUUGGUAUUUCGAACAGAUUCUCCAACACACAAACGAUCAAAAUCCAAAGACAUGUCUCGAUUGGCUUCAAAUUCUGAUUCAUCUUUCAUCGAUCGAAGAUCUUUUAGAAUGAGUAAUGCUAAUGGAUUGAGUCUCAAACCACCAAUUGGUUGGGAAUCUCAAUCGAGCAUGUCACUUGGAGGUCAAGAAUUUAAAAAACGAUUUUUAAUAGAAAAUGGAAUUGGAGAUAUCGAAAUGCAAUCACCUCGUACCAAGUUUUAUGAACAACAUGGAAUUCGAGCAAAAGUUGAGAAUUUACAACAAGCUCUAAUGAUUCCUUCCGUGUUGGAAGAAUUUGCCAAGUUUUGUGUCACUAAUCACAUCGAAGAAAUUAUUAAUUGUUGGAAAAAUAUUCAAGCAUACAUGAAAAUGGAAUCUGCCAAAGAUCGAAAAGACAAGGCCGUCUAUAUUAUGAAUCAAUUCAUCGGUGAUUCUUCACAAACCUCAACACCCAUUAAUAUCGAUUCUGAAUCUCGAGAACAACUCCUCACAAGAAUUCAAAGCAAUUUGGAAAAUUUUGCAUUUUUCACAAAAGAUCUCUUCUCCAACAUCGAAUUAUUGCUAUUGAAUGAUCUCAAAGAACCUUUUAUGAAUUUUAAUCAAAAAAGAAAUCAAGAAAUUGAUUCAGAAAUUGAUCAAUUACAAGAAAAGCUUCGUUUAAAUGCCAUUCAAGAAGAAAAGACUUCCAAGAGCUUUUUGUCACAAGUGGUGAGUGCACUCAAAAAGAAGCCAACUAUUGCUUCGCCUACUCUAGUUGUGUCAAAUGGUGAUGAUUCAAUAAUGACCACCAAGUCACCAUCAUCAUCCUCUCAACAAUGGAACUCAAUGGCUUCCACUCGUUCACAAAAUAAUUCUCCUUUAUAUCCAGAAAUGGAGAAAUUACCACCUCAUCUCUAUAGUACCUUGACAGAUGUUCUUACCAAUAGAGAUGCAAUCAAACAGUUCAAGAUAUUCUGUACAUCGGAACAUUGUGAAGAAUAUAUUCUAUUUUAUGAAGCAGUUGAGGAUUUUAGAACAUUGCCUUCACAGCAUGAACGCAUUCAGAAGGCGAAGGAAAUAUUUGAAACAUUUAUUGAGAUACCUUUAAAACGAACAAGUUUGUUUGAGUCUCAAAUUCGUUACUAUACGAUUGGAUGUAGCACUGAUGAUAUUGACAGAAUCAGAAAGAAGGUCCUGAAUGAAGAUUUUUCAGUAGAAAUGUUUGAUGAUCUUUCGUUGGAUGUGCAAGAGCAAAUGAAGGAUGUAUUCGAAAGAUUUGCACAGGCUCAAAGAGAGUGGAAAGCUAAAAGAAUGCUUACUGGAAAAGAUUUAAUGUAA